CACGCCUGUCUCUGGGCAUGAGCCCCAGCUCCUGCUCCCACCACCCGCCUGCUUCCCCUACGCCAUCCCAGGAGUUUGCAGAUCCGUCGCUGCUGGGAAGAUGCAGCGGCCUUCGAUGCUGGUCACUGCACUGGGCGCCUGCCUGGGCCUGCUGGCGGCGGUUAUAGCAGUGGCAGGUGCCAACCCUAGUGAGCUGGACACCCCAAGCCUGCUGCCUGCUCACCGGCGCCAGAAGAGAGACUGGAUCUGGAACCAGAUGCACAUUGAUGAAGAGAAGAACACCUCGCUGCCCCAUCACGUGGGCAAGAUCAAGUCGAGUGUGAACCGCAAGAAUGCCAAGUACCUGCUCAAGGGAGACUCUGUGGGCAAGGUCUUCCAGGUCGACGCAGACACAGGGGACGUGUAUGCCUUCGAGAGACUGGACCGGGAGAAGAUCUCAGAGUACCACCUCGUUGCUCUCAUCGUGGACAAGGACACCAACAGGAACCUGGAAUCCCCGUCGAGCUUCACCGUCAAAGUCCACGACGUGAAUGACAACUGGCCUGUAUUCACGCACCGGCUGUUCAACGCAUCUGUGCCCGAGAUGUCAUCUGUGGGGACCUCGGUCACGCGUGUGACAGCGGUGGACGCGGACGAUCCCACCGUGGCAGACCACACCUCUGUCAUGUACCAGAUCCUGAAGGGGGACGAGAACUUUGCCAUCGCCAAUUCCGGAAUUAUUUUCACAACAAACAAAAACUUGGAUCGAGAGACGCAGGCCAGGUACGAGAUCGUGGUGGAAGCACGCGAUGCCCAGGGCCUCCGGGGCGAGUCUGGAACGGCCACCGUGCUGAUCACUCUGCAAGAUGUCAACGACAACUUCCCCAUCUUCACGCAGACCAUGUACACAUUUACUGUGCCCGAAGACAUCCGUGUGGGCAGCCCCGUGGGCUCGCUCUCUGUGGAGGACCCAGAUGAGCCUCAGAACCGGAUGACCAAGUACAGCAUCGUGCAGGGCGAGUACAGGGACACCUUCACCAUCGAGACGGACCCCACCCGCAACGAGGGCAUCAUCAAGCCCAUGAAGCCUCUAGACUAUGAACUCAUCCGGCAGUACAUCUUCACCAUCGAGGCCACAGACCCCACCGUCAACCUCCGCUAUCUGAGCGGCAUCUCCGGCAGGAACAAGGCCCGCGUCAUCAUCAACGUCACGGACGUGGAUGAGCCCCCCGUCUUCCAGCAGCACUUCUACCACUUCCUGCUGCAGGAGAACCUGAAGAAACCUCUGGUCGGUUCGGUACUGGCCUCGGAUCCCGACGAGGCCCGGCGCAGCAUUGGAUACUCCAUCCGCAGGACCAGCGACAAGGGCCAGUUCUUCCGAAUCACCAAACAGGGAAACAUUUACAACGAGAAAGAACUGGACAGAGAAACCUACCCCUGGUAUAACCUGACUGUGGAGGCCAAAGAACUGGAUUCUCGGGGGAACCCCACAGGCAAAGAAUCCAUUGUGCAGGUCCACAUCGAAGUUCUGGAUGAGAAUGACAACGCCCCAGAGUUCGCCCAGCCCUACGAGCCCAAAGUGUGUGAGAAUUCAGCCCCGGGGAAGCUGGUGGUGCAGAUCUCUGCGAUCGACAAGGAUACAACGCCACAACAUGUGAAGUUCAAAUUCGCCCUGGGCACUGAAGACAGCAACUUCACCCUCACAGACAACCACGAUAACACAGCCAACAUCACGGUCAAGUACGGGCAGUUUGAUCGGGAGCGAGCCAAGGUCCACUUCCUGCCGGUGGUCAUCUCGGACAACGGGAGGCCGAGCCUCACGGGCACCAGCACUCUGGCCGUGGUUGUGUGCAAGUGCAGCGAGCACGGCGAGUUCACGUUCUGCGAGGAGGCGGCUGCGCACGCAGGCGUCAGCAUCCAGGCACUCGUGGCCAUCUUCCUCUGCAUCCUCACCAUCACAGUGAUCACCCUGCUCAUCUUCCUGCGGAGGCGGCUGCGCAACCAGGCGCGCGCCCAUGGCAAGAGCGUGCCCGAGAUCCACGAGCAGCUGGUCACCUACGACGAGGAGGGCGGCGGCGAGAUGGACACCACCAGCUACGACGUGUCGGUGCUCAACUCUGUGCGGCGCGGCGAGGCCAAGCCCCCGCGGUCGGCGCUGGACGCGCGGCCCUCCGUGUACGCGCAGGUGCAGAAGCCGCCGCGGCACCUGCCCGGGGCGCAAAGCCCGCCCGGGGAGAUGGCGGCCAUGAUCGAGGUGAAGAAGGACGAGGCGGACCAGGACGGCGGCGGGCCCCCGUACGACACGUUGCACAUCUACGGCUACGAGGGCUCCGAGUCCAUCGCCGAGUCCCUCAGCUCCCUGGGCACCCACUCGUCGGACUCCGACGUCGACUACGAUUUCCUCAAUGACUGGGGGCCCAGGUUCAAGAUGCUGGCCGAGCUGUACUCAGACCCUCGGGAGGAGCUGUUGUAUUAGGGGGCCCCAAACCCGCUACAGCCCGGGCGCGGUGGACACCAGGCUCGGAGCCCAACGAGGCAGGGGGGGCCUCACUCUCCAACCUGGCACCCCCUUCUCCGUGGGCGUCAGAAACCUGACCACCUUCCUAAAUGCUGGGAAAUCCAUUCUUCUGUCCUGUCGGGGCUGGGACAGCCACAUGCCCCUGGCACCCCCACAACAUAGAGGCAAACAUAUGCCCUAGCUCUUCGAAGAGCAAAGCAACCUGUAUUCAACUGGGGGUGGGGGGAGGGGAACUUCCUGUCGGGGCCCUGAACGCUUCUGAGGUCCUGGCCCCUGUCUGCCUGGAGGCAGGGGGCUGGACAGCAUGACCCUGGGGGUGAGACACUGCAGUCAUCCUUCAUGCUAACCCCCAGCUCUCCCAACUCCCUCCUACCCCCUUUGCUAAGCCUCGCCCCAGGCCUGUCAAGGGGCCCCUGGCAGCUUGUGACCCUGGGUCCCAAUACGACCUCAGUGACCAGCCGCUCCAGAACUGUUGUACUGAGUGUUGACCUAUUCAGCCAAAUUCAGGAAAAACCACUGGUUGAACUUGAAGCAACUGUGAAUUCAUCCUGGAGGGACGAGGAGACCACAUGUGACAGAGCACAGCACGAGGACCACCUCCGCACCCACCCUGUCGGAGAGGGCCUGGAGAAGCUGAGACCCCGACUGCUCGCUCAUCUACCCCCCUCCAGCUCUGCCCCGGGGCGCGGCUGUGUUUGGAGCAGAGGCCUCUCCCCAUCUCUGCCGCUGGCCAUGUAUUGCACUCUGCAUCGCUUCUGCCCCCUCUUCGCCUUCUCUCCGCACUUACAGGCGCUCACCACUAGCCCUGAGCACAGCUGGCCAAAGCCCACCCCUAAAUGUGACUGCGUGACAGAGCCGCGCCAUUUGCCUUUGCGUCUCGUGGUCGCCACAUCUCAGGGAACCGACCCGCAGGCACUCCCUUGCAGGAGGCAAGGCCCUGCCCUAGCUCUGUGGCACCUGGGUGUCCCCGGUGUGCACGCAGGUAGGGGACAUCCCCCCCGCAAAGCUGCCUUGGAGAAGCGACAGAAAGCGCCAGAGAGGGGCAGGAAUGGCGGCUACUCCUGCUCAGCCCGCUUCACGGACUGGGGUCCCAUCCUGUCCCAGGGCAUUGUAGAUAACACUGACUUGUUUGUAACCAAUAACGUCUUUAUCAUUUUUUUUUACUAAUAAUACUUACAAAUUUCUAGCUCUCACAAACCUAUAGAGUUUUUGCAUCACAAGGUUGUUAUUUAGGUUAGCAAUUCAGGUGUUGUUUUAGUUGGAUAAAGGUUUAGUUCCUAUAACCUGUUACUUCCUAACAUAGAGGUUGCCCUAUAGGAUAUUGACUCUAUAUAUUGGCCACACCGGUGCAUGAGAUGUACUGUAUUUUUUAUACCUAAAUAAAUAAAAAUCUCGGGAUUCUGCCGGUUCCAGA